AAAGAAUUGUAGUCGUUAGGAACCCUGACAUGACAAAUCAAACUGCAUUUUGAAAUACAUACAACCAGCCAAGUAAACACAAUAACAGUUCCAUCAUAAACAGAUCUUUGGGUCUCUAGCACCAACAGGAAGGAUGCAUGGCCGAGUGAAGGUUAAAUCUACAGCCCAGCAGGAAGAGGAGAAAAGAAAAGAGAGAGAGAAGAAACUGAAGAUAUACGUUGCUGCACGAGAUGCCUGUUUUUCCAAGAGGAAGGAGGGUAUCUUCGACGAUGAGGCUCUGCAGAUUUCCCAGCAGCUCCUGUCUUCCAAUCCCGACUUUGCAACCCUCUGGAACUACAGGAGAGAGAUCCUAAUGCACCUGGAGACUGUGAAGGAAGAGGAUGAAGUGCAAAAGAUUUAUGUGGCUGAGCUCUCUUUUCUGGAGUCGUGCCUCAAAGUGAACCCAAAGUCCUACGGCAGCUGGCAUCACCGUUGGUGGGUCUCAACCCGCCUGCCCAAACCGGACUGGGCCAGAGAGCUGAACCUGUGUGAUCGCUGCUUGAGCCUGGACGACCGAAACUUCCAUUGCUGGGAUUACCGCCGGAUGGUUGUGAAGAUGUCCGGUGUGCCCGUGGAUCAGGAGUUGGACUUCACCGAUCGUUUGAUUGGCUCCAACUUCUCCAACUACUCCAGCUGGCAUUACCGCAGCACCCUGCUGCCGCUGCUCCACCCAGAAUCCCCUGAGCCCACAUCACCGUGCCACAAGCCCCCCCAAUCCUCCACUCCGCCAUCUCCCCAAAUCCUCUCCCACCGCGUCUGUGAAGAGCAGCUCCUGAAAGAGUAUGAGCUUGUACAAAAUGCUUUCUUCACCGACCCCAACGACCAGAGUGCUUGGUUCUACUAUCGCUGGUUGCUAGGCAGAGCUGAACGUGAAGAGAUGAUAAGCUGUGUGUAUGUGUGUCGGGAUGAAGAGAGAGUGGCAGUCGCCUUCUCUGGGCCCGUCAAUGCGCAGGCUUGCGGCCUGCUGCUGGUCCUGGACGGUUUGCCCCAGAGAGUGGAGUGGAGGAGCGUCCACCCGCGCUUUAAACACAGCCCGGUCUGGAUCUGUGAUUUUCCUCCUGGAACGAUAAGCGACAUCCCGAAUGAACACAACCUGACUGUGCACUGGACUGAGAAACCCACUCACAGAGACUGUGCUCUGUACACAGGUCGAUCUGAGAGUUGGUGUCGGGACUCGGCUACGGAUCAGGAACUUUUCAGGAGUGAACUCUCAGUAGAGAAGACCUCAGUGUUGCAGUCAGAGCUGCAAUCUUGCAACCAGCUGCAAGAACUGGAGCCACUCAAUAAAUGGUGCUUGUUGACCAUUAUCCUCCUGAUGAGGGCGCUCGAUCCUCUGGGAUAUGAGAAGGAGACACUGGCUCAUUUCCAAACUCUGAAAGAAGUGGAUUCCAUGCGCUCUGCAUAUUACAGCGACCUGUGCAGCAAGUUUAUGAUUGAAAACACCAUCCUGAAAAUGGAAUAUGCUGAAGUGCGCGUCUUCAGUAUUUCUGACAAGAAUCUGACCACUUUGUGCCACCUGGACCAGCUGUUAUUGGUUACCCACAUCAAUCUGUCCUCCAAUCAGUUGCAGCGGCUGCCUCCUCAGUUCGCCAUGUUGCAGUGCUUGGAGGUCUUGGAGGCUGAAAAUAACUCUAUAGAGAAUCUGGAAGGAGUUUAUCAUCUUCCCAAGCUGGAGGAAGUCAUCUUGAAGAAUAACAAAAUCUCUUCAUUGUCAGAUCUUCAGCCGCUGGCCUCCUGCCCCAAGCUAAAGCGCCUUGAUCUCCGUGGCAACCCUGUAACUCAGACAGCCGACGUGGAGUCGAAGCUGGCAGAGCUGCUGCCCUCAGUCACAGACCUCCUGCUCUGAUCAGACGGGGGCAGGACUCACUGCCAUCACCAUCAGCGCCGCCGUUCAAAUGUCCCUCUGUCUCUGCCGUGUUUGUUUGAGAAAGAGAAAGUGGGUGUUUUUCGUAUGUCUCUGUUUGUUCCCCUCGUUUCGGGAGACUGUCAAUCAUCCUGAUCCCUGAGGCUCUGAAGCCUGAUGCCUCUGGGCAGAAGUCAGAAACCUUUAACACAAACGUUUUCAAAGUCUGAGACUGUGUCUAGACAAAGCUUGGAAAAAGGCAGCCCCUCACCCCACCUUAGUUACACUAAAUUCCUGCAUGCAUAGGAGAUAAUGAUUACGUUAUCUGAGCCAAUAGACACUUAACAAUUGAGCCAAAACAGCCCGACAUGUCUGUUGGACAAACAUUUUAAACUACAUCAAAUACAUAAGAAGGUCAUAAAGCAUGUAUUCGUUUCUGACUCUGGGUACGGGGGGAAACAGUUAAACUACUGUAUCUCUGAACUAUCUGUUUAUCUAAAUCACACAUUUAGGCAAUUUUGUGAUCUUAUUUUCAAAACUAAUGUAAUAAUAAUAAAUGGGAUUUAUAUAGCGCUCUUUUAGACCCAAAGACGUUUACAUUACGAGUAAGGUCGACAAACAUGUAAUGUAAUAGUAUUUCACAACCUCUAAUUGAGCCUUCACUUGCCUCUCUCUUCAAAAACUUCCGUUCAAACACGUCAAACAAUAUGUCUAGAUCUGUCAGUGUGAGUGAUUGGGUAAGUGUGUAUUAACCAAUGUUGCUUUUCUAUGUGCGUGCGUAUGGAUAUCCUUAUUACAACAGAACCAAUGCAUGCUGUAACCCUCAUCAUGGAGUAAAUUGAGUUUAUAUGGAUUGGCAUGAAGCAAUGCUGGCUUAUUGCUUAUAUAAGCUUACAAAUGGUUAUAUAAGAAGAAUAUGCGUGUAACUAAUUAUCACCGCAUCACAUAGUUCUCACACACAUUUUUUGAAGGGUUGGGUAAAGCAUUUAAUAUAUGACACUAUACUGUUGCACAGUGUAAGUCACAGAUCCAGUAAUAAAUCUGCACACAUUGUGUCACUGCCUUCCAAAAAGCUUCUUUGUAUUAUUUUCUGUUAUCAGAGAAAAUGUAAUAUCUGAUCCACAGACCUUCCUGAAUGCACCUUUAUCCCCCAAGCCAUUCACACAUGAGUUGUGAAAAAAUUGUUUACCUUUGUUCAUUUGAUUAAUCUGCUGUAUCGAUUGAUGUUUUUUUUACUCUGAUGCGAUAGGUUGCCUAAGCAGACCCUUCAGGCAGAAACUGUCCUAUGGGAGCGUGUGAACCAAAACAAGCAAACUUGAUCAAAUUUGAAAAAUACCGCAACUUCAUUCAUUCAUUCAUUCAUUCAUUGUGCAAGUAUUUAUUUAAAAAACAUGGUGAAUGUUAAGAGUUAUUGCAACCUCAUGGUGGAACUAGAAGGAAAACUGGAUCAUCAAAGAAAAUACUAUUCAUCCUGAUUAAACAUGACUGUCUGUAGCAAAUUGCAUGGUAAUCCACUCUGUAGUUAGAACACAAGGACAUGACUGGGUCACCAAAGUCAGUAGGCUUUUAUCCUCUGCGUACCAUGAAUAUCUGUAAAAGUGUAAAUGAUCAACCAACAGAAAGGCAUGCUCAUCAAAGAGUCACAGUUAAAAAGUGAUCAAUGUAUGCUUUUUAAGAGUAAUAAACAGGUCAAAUAUG